AUGAAAUAUUAUCCAGCUCCAACACUUGGAAGAAAUUGCUGUGAGUCAUUAAUUCAUAAAGGAUGCUAUUGAUUCUGGAACUGGCUUAACCGCCUUGCUCUAUUCCUUCUGUUCUCAAUUAAUUUGGUGUUCAUCAGAAGAGUUUUUGACAACCUCAUUUUCGGACCACUUGCCUUGGCCUUUUAUGCCUUCCCACUUUACCUAUGCUUCAAGGCACAGUUCCAUCCCCAUGUUAGAAGAGAUAGAGAUUUCAGGAACUUAGUAAAGAGAGCACACAAAGGAUAUCUAAUUUACACCCUACUGAUUGUAAUUUGGAUGAUCAUAUCUGACAACGAUGACUACAAUGUCUUUGCUUAUCUUGCUUACUUAAUAUUGACUGCAAUUCCUCCUCUAUUUGCUACCUGCACUUUGAAGGCACUAUUGAAGCACAGUAAGAGAAGACACGUUAUGAAGUACCAACCUGAGAUGUCUACUCCGAUCAACUAUCAAACAAAAUUACUUAUGGUAUAA